AUGACCAUUAUGAUGGACGGCCCAAAAUCUUCUACGCGAGCUACUGAAACAAUUAAUCAAAGCGAUGGGCAGCAUCGACAGCAGUGGUGCGACCGUCAGCAGACGGGGCGUAAUUGCAAUAGUGCAGGCAGCGAUUCCCAAUCAGCGGAUCCACAACAAUCGGGAUUACAUGAGUUAGGGCAAUUGACAGCAGUGGCAGUAGAGCGUCGGUGCGUGGAACAGCGGCAUUUAGAGCACCUUUACCAAUCCGCUUUUCACAGCAGUCAUGUUCCUGCAAUAUCUGUGUGGAAUUACAUGCGUCGCAUAGGCAAAUACUCACGGUGCUCACCAGAAUGCUUCAUCAUCUGUAUCAUAUUCAUUGAUCGGUACGUUGCAGCAACGAAUUGUCCAAUAACUUUUCGGAACAUUCACCGGCUUUUGAUAACUUCAAUGUUGGUGAGUGUAAAGUUGCGGGAUGACUCAUUUUAUAGCAAUUCUUACUUUGCAGGUAUUGGUGGCGUUAGUAAUGAGGAACUUAAUAGAUUAGAGAUUGAGUUUCUCAUGACAAUUGAUUGGCGCACAUGGGUGGAACCAAGUGAUUUUAACAUGUACUGUGAGCAACUGAGAUCUCGUUGCUCGGCGAAUCAGGAGCAGUAA